AUGGAGGCGCUGAUUUAUCAAGACUCGCCUUUAGCUAACUAUCUGGAGGGCGAAGGUGAAGGCCAGGAAGACUGGGCCCCACAAGAGGACCUCAGCCCAUCGCAACCCCCGCUGGAUUCAUCGACAGCUAAUUUCGCACCUCGAGGGCCCCCCACGUUCCAAGAUCGAAUACGAAAUAGACUGCCGGUACCGCGACAAUUGAAGCCAUUGGCGAAACAUCAAACUCUGGCUAGAAUCUCUGACGUCUGCAAGGCAGUUGUUAGGACAACAAUAGGGAAGAGUGAGAAUGAACGGUUCCUCGAACAAUUUGGAUACAUCAUCGUUGCCUCACAGCUCCUCAACGAACAGUGCGCACCGUCAUACAGUGCCAUAACGAGAUUGCUAUCAAAUACUCGCAGUAAUGAGGACCAGUCAAGCACACGAGCAGCAAAUUUUGGAUUGCCGGGGGCCGUAUUCACAGCCGGUGCAUCCUUUUCCGUGGUCUGGAUACUCCACUGGGCUCGAUCGCGGCAGGGAUCGGAUUGGAAUGUCUGGAGGAUAUGUGUCCUAGUGGUUCUUCUGCUAGCAAUAGCAAUAUCGUUUUAUGCGUUUGCAAAGCGCCAGUGGUUGAAAUAUCUUCGUCGCCAGGCAGUGGGUGUUGCGUCCGUGCUUGUUGCAAACGCGCAGUCCUUUGAUUCUGCCGCUUCAGCAUCGGUUAUCUUGAUACAGGAGGUGGAGUUGGUUUCCAGAGGAUAUAGAUUAAGCACUCCCAUGCCACCGAUAACGCGCCUAGAAGAGCAAACGCAAACAAGGCGUUGUUUGAGACUCCGGCGCAUUCUCUCAGAGUGUCUUUCGGAAAUGCUGGAGCGAUACUUGAAGACGAAACGACAUCUACGACUACUUGCAGAUACCGCCAAUCUGGAAAAAUAUUAUGAUAUUUAUGAUUUCUCCCCGGAGGAACUUGAGGAAACCGAUGCAUUGUUGGCGGACAGUGCGAUGGAAGAUAGGACCUCCUUACGAACCCUUCGAAAUUUGUUUUCCAAAGUUUAUUCCGUUAGAAAAGCUACUUUAUGCUGCUUGCUCGCACUCCCAGCUGAGGGUGGGGAAGCCGAUAUUACAAAUUGGAGUACCGCCAUUGAGGAGAUGCAGCGUCUCGUUGCUGCAGAUACAGUUUGCGUGGAAAGACUGGUCGCCAUCCUCAACGAGCAAGACCAUAAUAUGAUCCCACCAUACCCACAAGCCAAACUAGCCCCAAAUAAAGACCAUCACCGCGCGCAACUCCGACGCCUUAACUCCCUCUCCCAAGGAAUCCGCGGCCUCCACGCCAAAAUGCAACUAAUCCGCGAGGAAUCUGACGCAAGCCUCGAACGAGCGACGGACGACACAGACUUCGGCACUACCCUAACGACCCUCUACGAAUCCAUUGGCACAGACCUCCGCGGCAUCCUCCAGGAAUGGGAAGCUGGAAAAUCCUCCCUACUAGCCACCCUUGAAAACUCAGGUCGCCUCUCGCGACCCACGAGUUCCCUCAAAUCUCCCGCGUCGCCGACAUUCAGUCUCGGCGGCGUGACUGCAGUUGACGGCGGGCCUCCAGAGGCUCUCCGGGCGUUGACGGGUGAAGAUCAACAACAACAGCAGCAGCAGUCCCUCCAAAGUCCGGAUAACAACAUGGACGACGAUGAGGUUUUUGAAGCCAUUGCUCUACCCCUCAAGCGGAAUUCUAUGUCGCGGGAGGAGAGGAUUGCGCGAAUGAAGGAGGAGCGGGCGAGGCAGGCUAUGGUGCGGGAGAAAUCGGAUGCUAAUACGCAUAUGCUGAGGGAGUUAGAGACUGUUAUCAAACUGCGUCCGCGUGGGAGGGCAUCGCAGCGGAUUACGAGCAUCUAA